UGUUUGUAUUUUUUUAGUAUAUUAAUAUUUUUUUAUGAAUUUUAAGUUGUGUUUUGGAUAAUUAUUAAUUUAUUGAAUAAUAAUUAAUGUGUAAUAUUUUAAUUUUUGUGUAGUUUAAUAUUUUUGUAUAUUAAAAAUUUUAUUAUAAACUUUAUUUUUUUAUUAACCGCCCCGUCCUUGCCCCCAUUAGGGGAUUCCUCGCCCCAUCUCCUAUGGGAAAUAAACGGGGAUGGAAAUUAAAAUUCUUAACGGGAAUGUAGACGGCGGAGCACUCUCCGUCUACGCCAAUUUCCCGUCUCGUGUACAUCGUACAAUUAUAAUAUAAUUAGUGGGUUGAAAAUAAAUACUCCAUCAUAAUUAAAAAACAAAAUUAUUGUCAUUUGAUCAAAAAUCAAAAGCUGUAAACUUGUAAGAGCAAACUGGUGUUCGUAAAUUUUUUUCAAAAAGAAAAAAAAAUGUUGCUCGUAAAGUCCACAAUCAAAAUAUCUAGACAAACAAUGGUAAGUAACACAAAUCAUUCCUUUAAAAAAAAAAUAACACAAAUCAAAAUUAAAAUUCUUACAAAAAAAAAGAAAAAGAAAAAGAAAAAUAGAAACAGAAAUUAGGGUAAAAUGUGAAAACACAACAAAUUAUUGACGAGUCACGACACGACCUCUCUCUCUCUUUAUUCCACCAUCGCAGUCCAAUGUCCUCCCUUUUCUUCUUACUCUUACUUCUCACAACACUUCAACCUUCCUAUUUCUUCAUCGUUGUUCGUGAUCGCAUCCCCAGUACUUGCUUCUCCAUCGUUCUGCUCCUCCAACAAACUAUCACGACAAUGCAAGCAAUAGGAAUACUGAUACAAAGCAACGGACAAUGGGAUGGGAUGAGAACUAGAAUUACAUUGGGUUUGAAGCUCAUGGUGAAUUAAUACCAAUAGAAUUCAAAUAUGAAGAACUUGUGCAAACACUAUUGCUUAAACUGCGUUGUAACCCCGAAACAACAAGCAUAAAGAUACAAUAUCAAGUGAAGGAAAACUACCCACCUAUAAAAAUACUUGAUGAUGCUAGUCUACGUUUUUAUAAGCAUCUGAAAAUAAACGAAACAGAUUUUAUAAAGUAUCCAUUAUGUGUGAACACAGCUGCAACAUCAACCAUACAAUUCUUCAAAUCUAGAGAAUCAACAGUGACACAAGGAGGGCUCAUAAUGGACAAUGGUCCACGAACUACAGAAUCAAUUGUAGAUGAUUCUGAUUCUGAUGCUAUUGAUAGUGAAGGGGAGAAAGAGCACAUACAGAAUGAUACAAUAAAAGAACCUUCAUCUUCCAACAAGAAAUCUGAAGAUGGUGAUGAAGAUGGGCCGAAGAAGAAAAAACAGAAGAAGAAGAAGAAGAAAAAGGAUCCAAGUGCACCAAGAAGAGCAAUGUCAGGCUUCAUGUUCUUCUCACAAAUGGAAAGGGAGAAUGUGAAGAAAACCAACCCCGGAAUUUCCUUCCCUGAAGUGGGAAGAGUUUUAGGAGAUAAAUGGAAAAAGAUGUCUGUGGAGGAGAAGGAGCCCUUUCAAGCCAGCGCUCGCCAAGAUAAAAAACGCUACCAGGAGGAAAUUAGUGGAUACAAGAACGCUCAACCAAUGAAGGUAGACUCGGGCAAUAAAUUAGACACCGAGUAGAAUCCACCACCCUCCCCUACCUUAUGAUCAUUCGGUUUUUUGUUGUGAAUGUGAGCAUUUUACCAACCAACCUCAAGCUCAUUCAUUGCUGAUAUCUUUUCCCAAAGGGAAAACAAAAAACAGAGAUUACAAUGACACUAAAUUGCAUAAAAAGAGAUUGAAAGAUCAAUAAUGUUUUCAAACCUCGUAUGCUUGUCUAUUAUUGCCUAUGCUAUUCUUUCAAUUUAAUUAAAAAGGAAAUACUUGUAACACAUUUUAAUGAAAGGUGUAGUUUUCCUCAAGGUUGUGUUGCUAAAUUUUGGCCUUAUUUUUUGUCUUUUGUCUCCUCCUAAAGAAGCAAAAGCUGUGGCUCUUUUUUACCUUGCAGUGCUCUUUGCACUUUGGUUUAUUCGUUUCUUUCUUUGAGAGUGAUGCAGUGAUUGUUCUCAACUCUGUUCUAUCCCCUCAUAGGAUGUUUCUGAUACCAUUGAGUAUAGACUUCUAUAGAAUGAUAGAGACACAUAACGCUAAUUCAUAUACUCAAAAUUAAUUUUAAUAUUUUUCUCAACGUUGGCUUUUUUUACUUAGCUUUGUAAGUUGUGCUAUAGAGAUUGAUUUUUACCAUAAAAUUUUUGCUUGAUAUAUCUUCUAAUUGGUAAUUUUGAGCUAAUGGUAAUAUUUUUAUUAUCUAUCCUAAUAGGAAAAGAGC